AUGGCCCAGUUCAAAGCUAUGGUCCUCGCGCUCGUCGCGCUAUUUGCCUCCUCCGCCUUCGCCGUGGCCCCUCUGGUCGUCAAAGGUGCGGAUUUUGUCAACAGUAUCGAUGACACUCGCUUCCAGAUCAUCGGUGUCGCUUAUCAGCCCGGUGGUUCCUCCGGCUUCGACCCUGCUUCUGGUGUCGACCCCCUCAGCGAUGCUUCCGUCUGUCUCCGUGAUGCCGUCCUCAUGCAGAGACUGGGUGUCAACGCUGUUCGUGUCUACAAUCUGGACCCCGAUCUGGACCACACCGACUGUGCCAACAUUUUCAACGCGGCCGGCAUCUACAUGAUCCUCGACGUCAACAGCCCAUUGCCCAACCAGUCCCUCAACCGGGGUGCUCCGUGGGAAUCGUACAGCGAGACCUACUUGGAGCGUGUCUUCAAGGUGGUCCAAGACUUUAUCGUUUUCAACAACACGCUGGGCUUCUUCAGUGGAAACGAGGUGAUUAAUGAAGACUCGGUGCCUCAAGUUCCAGCCUACAUCCGAGCCGUGACCAGAGAUAUCAAGGACUACAUCGCGGCUCAUUCCGACCGCCCAGUUCCCGUUGGGUAUUCGGCCGCCGAUGUGCGCCCGCUCCUGAUGGGUACAUUCAAUUACCUGUCUUGCAGCCUCUCGAACGAGACCAGCUCCAAGAUUGAUUUCUUUGGUCUGAACUCGUACUCGUGGUGUGGUGAUGCCACGUUCGAGUCUUCCGGCUAUGAUGUCCUGGUCUCGGACUUUAGCAACACCACCAUUCCCAUCUUUUUCUCCGAAUAUGGCUGCAACAACGUCUCGCCCCGAACCUUCACCGAGGUUCCCGCACUGUACGGGCCGGAGAUGACGGGCGUCUUCUCCGGAGGGUUGAUCUACGAGUACAGCGAAGAGCCCAACAACUAUGGCUUGGUGAACCUCAACAGUAAUGGCACCGCGUCACUUCUCGUCGAUUAUGAUAAUCUCCGCAAGCAGUAUGAUGAUCUGGACAUUGCCUCGUUGGAGAAGGCCAAUGCUACCGCGACCUCGUUGACACCCCCGGAGUGUGCCAGUAGUCUCCUGAGCGGUGCUAAUUUUACCCAAGCCUACGAUAUUCCCGCGCGCCCCGACGGCGUGGACGAUCUGAUCAAGAACGGUGUGGAUGGCACCUCUUCGGCCAGCAACGAGGCUGUCACCGACACCAAGCCCACCCAGACAGUCUAUGCCACCAACGGGCAGGUGAUCACUGGCCUCGAAUUGAAUGUUCUGGAGUGGGACCAGAGCAACUUGCCGGGCAAUAACACCAGUGGAACUACCCCAGCGUCUCCAUCAGGAUCAACCGCCUCGACAUCCACCAGCAGUGGCAGUACACCAUCGAACACGAACGCAGCUCCGCGGGCCGACACCAUCAAGUUUGGUUCUCUGUUGAUGGGUGCUGCGGGUGUGGGCAUGUACCUGCAGUUGUAA